GAAAAAGGCAAUGAAUAUGUCAAGACGGGCAAGAAACAUUAUUCGGAUGCUAUUGAUUGCUAUACGAGGGCAAUAAAUCAGAAUGCUUUAAGUGAUACUGAACAGUCAAUUCUCUAUUCAAAUAGAGCUCAUGUCAAUCUUCUCUUGGGAAAUUAUAGACGUGCACUCCUGGAUGCAGAAGACGCAACCAAAUUAAAUCCAAGUAAUUUUAAGGCACUUUAUAGAGCAGCAAAAGCAUCAUUUUCUCUGAAUCUGUUGGCUGAAGCAAAAGAGUUCUGUGAGAGAGGUCUUCAACUGUCGUCAUCUAAUGAAGAACUGAAGAAGCUUGCUAGGCAGAUUGAUAUACAAAAAUCAGAAAAGGAACAGCGUGAUGCUGAAGUGUCUAAAGCAGUAUCUUCUGCUAAGGCCCUUGUUUCUGCAUUCGAAACUAGAAGAUUGAAGAUUGAAAAGGCGAUGUAUCAAGAACUCACUGGACAAAAAAAACCAACAUUAGACAGAAAUAAUAUUCUUCAUUGGCCCGUUCUUCUUCUGUAUCCAGAGGUUAUGUCCAGCGACUUCAUAGAGGACUUCUGUGAGACUGACAUGUUUUCAGCUCAUCUUGAUAUGAUGUUUUCAGAAGGUUGCCCGCCUCUGCCAUGGGAUAAAGAAAAUGCUUACACUCGUGAUGCUAUUGAGUUGUAUUAUGAGGCUUGUGCUGGAGUCUGUUUAUCCAAGCGAGAUAUUCUUCGCUCUCUGCUUGAAGGAACAGCUGCUUCUCAUGUGGAAGGCUUUGGUAAUGAGGAGAAUGGUUCUGCUCAGAGUUCAACCAAGGGUGGCAUUUCGCAAGCGGAUGCUCCUAGAUGGGUCAAAAUUAAUGAGAAAAGAACACUUUAUGAUGUUCUAAAGGAACCGAGUUUUGUUGUUACUGGAAUCCCUGUGUUUUGGGUUGUCUCAAGAAAGUCCAGCUUCCAUAAAGACUUCAAAUCUGGAAAUUGGGCUCCUCCAGAACUGGCAUGAAUUUGUGGAGUAGUUGCAAAUCCCUGAUUAGUUCCGAUUGUCAUGCGAGUAUCCUCAUGUACGAUACACCGUUAUUUAGUGUUUGAUAAUGUAACUUCAGUAUAGUUGAUUUUGUCCAUGUAGAGUAGAGAGAUUUAGGAUUCUUGCUCAUAUUCUGUAGACUGCAGCUGUGCAAAUCUUUAAGGUUUCAGCUGUUUGUAGGUGUAAAAUAAUGGGUAGGAGGGGAAUUGUGUUGGUGUUUACCUGUUAACAAAAUGAAACAUAUUUUAUUCAUUUAUUAAAGGACAUUAUGGGAGAGAGAAUAGUUGUGGUCAUAUAGAAGACUAGACUGUUUAAAAUUA